GGGUUUUCUGUUGUUGUCCUGUUUUGAAGCCCUCUGUCCUGGCAUCCUGCACCCCUCCACUCUCUUUUACCUCUUUCUUUCUCCUCCUUCCACUCACGCUCCCUCCAGAGAGGGACUCUUCCUCGACCGACUCCAGUCGGGUCUGCAGCAUCAGUCUUUUGGGAGCUCCGUAGAAGCCAGAGACCAUGCUGACGUUUUUGGCGCUGACGUCGGUUGCCCUCCUGGGAAUAGUGCCUGAGCAGUCCCAGGCCAUAGCGAUUUACACUGGCUGGGAGCGGCACGCCUUGGUGGGCUCUGACAUCCGACUCUCCUGUUCUUUCUUCUCCUGGCGCUGGACCUCGGAGGACGUCACCUUCUCCUGGACAUACAGGCCCGAUGGCUCACGGGACUCCAUCUCUAUCUUCCACUACACUGGUGGUGCUGCCUACGUUGACAACAAGGGUCCCUUUAGAGACAGACUGGAGUUUGUGGGAAACCCAGGUCGCCGUGACGGAUCCAUCCUGCUCAAAAACCUGGAGCUCAAUGACAACGGCACCUUCACCUGUGACGCCAAGAACCCCCCUGACAUAGUGGGCCGGCCUUCCAGUGUCCGACUGCUGGUGUUUGAGAAAGUGCCCAUCCAGGCUGGCGUGAUCACAGGAGCUAUCAUCGGGGUGGUCCUGGGCCUGCUGGUGCUCAUCGUGGUCAUCUACUACCUGAUGAGGUUCCUGGUGGCACGCCGAGUCUUCAGCCUCAGUGUCAGCAAACAUGGCAAGAAAAAGAAAGAGGGUUCACAGCAGAGACAGGGCCCUGUGCCUCCCGCCGACCCCUCCAAGGUGAAGGCGGCCACCUCGGAAAAGAAGAAGCAGGAGUCACGCAAGGAUAAGAAAUAGGAUACGGGGAGGGGCUGGGGCGGGUUCGCUGACCGGCUGCUCCAGCCCGUACGCCAGGCGGUGGGGAAGGCCCAGCCCAAGCAGCAGCAGCGAACCAUAGUCAGAAAAACAGAGAGGGCGGGGGGAGGAGGAGAGGAGGGCUCGGGUCGGGUACUGAUGACCAUCGAGCUGGAGCUGACUCGCAGAAAUGGUGAGGAGGGCCCCAGCGGUGAAGGAGGGACAGGGAGGUCCGAACCGCUUGGCUUCCUCUCCAGGCUCGCCAAUCAGCUCACCUUCAAAUAACAGACCACGAGAGAGGGAGGUGGGGGACCCAUCGAAGAUAAGAGAGUGGGAAGUCUAUUGAGAUACCACAAACCUGCUUUCAACCCACAACGCUAACCUGAGUCCCUGAAUAAAUGAGUCAAAUCAUAACUGCUCCUGUCACAGGCUGAUGAUUAUAAACGCAGCUAUACUGGCUGAGAUCUUAGAUGUCGUGAUAAUCUCUUACACCAGCCAGCACCCCGAGUGCUUUUGUCAGGUCAUAAGAUAUGCCAUUUGAAGCGAGACCCUAAGACGGCUUGGUUUGAUAACAAAAUCUAAAAAGCUGCUCCCUGGGUUCUGCCUUUCUGGUUCCUUUCAUUGUGAUCCUAUCCACCGAAAAAAAAAAGAAGAGCUUUCUCCAAGUGCGUCCGAUACGCAUCACGAAGCCCUGGCUGCAGGGACAAGCCAAUUUGCUUUUUUCAGAGGCGACAUGUCAAACUCCAACUUUCUCACCUCACACUGAUCUUCCUUCUCUUCCCCUCUCCUAUUCCAUUUCUUCCUCCUUUCACUGUGAAUUUCCUGACUUUCUUGUUAAUUCAAAUUACAGAAGUGAUUUAUAUGCUAACUGCUCUAUCCUGUUUCUCUCUCUCUCUCUCUUUCUCUCACCUCCCUUCCCUCUUUUCUUCCUCCUGUAGAUAAAGGUCUGACUUCUCCAUGACUGCCUCCAAUCCUCUAGUCUGCUCCCUCCUUUUCCGCCCAGCCUGAUGCAACCCCCAUUAUUUUCUAUUAUCUCUACUCUUUCAAGACAGCACUGGCUGUAAGAAUAGUCCCACUAUAUCAGCGGCAAUGGUGUCAAAUAAUUUUCACGACGCCUCGCCGGAGAUCCUGUAUGCGCUCAUUGGGCAAACUGUAAAACUGUUUAGGGCCUAACUAUGUACAUAACUUCCUUAAGAGGAACCUGAAAGAUAUCCCCUCAUGUUUAGAGUCCCCUGAAUGUCCCCGCUUAAUGUUUACAACUCAAUCACACACGCACUCACACACACACACAGACACACACACACUAAGCGGAGCUGUGAGUGCACUCUGGACUUUAGACAGAGAAAAAGCGAGACAGAGAGGGACAGGAGAGUGAUAGUGGGAGCGAAAUAUGAUUCCUGCUCUCAGCCGGCGCAGAUAGAGGUUCAAGCCCUCGAGCUUGGGGUGAUUCAAUCCUCUCACAUUUGAGCUAAUGGAGGUUGUCGCUGUGUCCCUGCCCUGGCUAAAGGGGGCUAUUUCUGGUCCUAUAAGAGCGUACGGGCUUACUGUAACAGCUGCACAUUUUUCAGACGACAGGCGAUUGGGGGAAGGGGGUGGAAGAGAGAGGUGAGCAGAGCAGGUGGUGGUGGUGGGGGCCCUGCUGUGCUGUUUGCGCUAAGUGCAUGAGGCGGUUUGCUGUUGACUCGACGGCCGGGGACUGACAACCUGGAAUGACGUCACGGCCCCCGAGGCUGGCGAACGCUCUCACGAGUCUGACAAAAGAGCUUACCAGGAAGAGGUGCAGCUUCAGAGUUAUUUUAGGUCCAGUUAAUCCGCUUGCACGUUUCUCCUCGCCAACCCAGGGCUAAUUAUUUUAGCGUGUGCUGGUAACAAGAUAUCUCUCUCUACAUCUCCCUCCCUGCCUCCUCUGCGGUCUCCUCUCCUCUGUUAUUCGCUCUUCAUGUCAGCUCCCAUCUUGAGAAUCAUCUCCUCUCUCUAAACUCCCUGUUUCGUUCUCGCCGUCCUUAACGUCUUUGACUUCCUUUAUCUCUUCCUCUUCCUGCCGGUUAGUGAGUCUGCACUGCAUUAUUCCCCCACAGAAAAGGCCUACACACAAUCCACUCCACUCUUUAAGCCUCUCCUUAUCUGACUGCCAGGCCUACAGCUCAAUGCUCUGCUCCUCUCUCUUCUGUCCUUCCUCCUCUUGCUUCUUGUCUUUUCUCAACUCGGUGAUGGACAUCUCUCUCUCUCUCCCCUCCCUUCGUGUUCACCAGUGAUCGACCAACGCCCUCUCGUUUGCCCUUCAAGCACCACCUCCCUAAGGGGCACGUCCCUUUGCCAGCCCUUCUUCUCCGGCCCUUUACUGUCUUUUUUUUCUGCUGGUUCGAAAGCCAAAAGGUUCUCCUCUGCCCACUACUUCCAGAGGAAAGAAACGGAUGGGCACAAAUCCGCCUUUAGUCCUCACUGAAGACGCCAAACAAAAACUUAUAAUCUAGCUAGCUCUUUUCCGGUCGCCAUUGCGUGUUUUAUGUAUAUGUGUGUCUUGUUAAAAGUGUUAAAAAUUUGAUUACAUGUGAAGUUUAAAAAACAAAAGCAGUAUGUCACCCCAAGUAAAGCAAAUGUUUCUGAGGCUUUUUUACAUGUGUGCAAGAAAACACAUGGAGAACAUGUUUAUGGAGGCAGGGAGGAAAUGUAAUGUAACUCUUUGGAAUAUGUCAUAUUUCUGACCUUGUGUGUUAUGGAAGGUACUGUGUGGCUGUCUCUAUGGUAUGUUUUAUUCAAAGAUGAAGGGAAAUCAAGGUUGUUGUGCGGAGUCAGAGAGAAGAUGAAGGGUGGAUAAGGGUUUGGUUAGCCCUAGAUGCAGCGCGAUGUGGCUGGGAAGGAAAAAAAAAGAUGGGGGGAGAAGGUGCUUGCUGUGGGAGAAAUCUUUAGAGGAAGAGACUUAUCUGGUGUGUUAAGCCCAGCCAAAAAUCCAUAUGUAUCACUACAGAUAGAGCCUCCUCUUCCCCCAGAGCUUUCUUUUAAAGGUGCUCCUUCCCCAACCCUGAGCCAAAGAUGGACUGCGAUUGGUGAGCUUAAUAUGCAGGGUGGAAAGCGUAGACUUGAAUGUUUCUUUAAAAUUCAUAACAGGAAUGGAGGUGCUAAAAUCCACAUCGAUAUAACUGGUUUCACUAGUCGCUGUUUAACUAUCCAGUCAAAUGGAUUAGUUAGAAUGUUUUCUUCUUUUUUCAGCAAAGCCACACAGACACCUGACGUAAGACAAACAGCAUUAAAACUGCCUUUUAAACACACGUUUUGUAUGUAUUUUGAACCGUGUUAGUCGUAGUUGCAGAAUAACAUUCCUUCAUUUGAAAUGACUGGAGCUUCUUACAUUUUUUUACAUUUAUUUUAAUGCUUGUGAUCAUUUUCGAACCACUAACAACUUUUGGUGACUGUAAUAUGUUGUAAAGAGAACGUAAAUAAAAAUAAAAUCCCCACGUCGCCAGCUGUUGUCAACAGAAGACAAAAGUAAACCCA